AUGUAACUAGUAUUAUUAUUCGGUUUCUGAAUUUGAUAGGAAAACACAAUUUCAAGUAUAAAGGAAUUGUUGGAUGAUGCUGCUAUUGGGAACAAUCCAAUGCUCAAGCUUAUUGCUGGGACCAUAUUCAUGCAUGAGCAGGACUACAAUGAGGCUCUAAAAUACACAAAUGCUGGAGGGACUAUGGAAUUAUAUGCGUUGAAUGUCCAUAUUUUCCUCAAGAUCCACAGAUCAGAUUAUGCUGAGAAGCAAUUGAGAGUUAUGCAACAGAUUGAUGAGGACCACACACUAACUCAGCUUGCAACUGCAUGGCUUGAUUUAGCUGUGGGUGGUUCAAAGAUACAGGAAGCAUAUCUCAUCUUUCAGGACUUCUCUGAGAAGUACCAAAUGACGAGUCUGAUCCUUAAUGCGAAGGCUGUAAGCUGCAUGCAAAUGGGUAAUUUUGACGAAGCUGAAUCAUUUUUACUAGAAGCAUUGAACAAGGAUGCAAAGGAUCGAGAAACACUGGCUAAUCUGGUUGUAUGCAAUCUUCAUCUUGGGAAACCUUCUUCACGGUUUUUAAGCCAGUUGAAACUGUCGGAUCCAGAACACAUGCUAAUUAAACGGGAAUUAACCACACAAGAGAAUUUCGAUAGAGCGAUACAAACAGUUGGUUGAGCAGUGACUACAUAUUCAGCAAAGCAAAAUGACUUCUGGUACUGUUCUUGCUGUUUUCUCGACGUCUUUUUGGUCAUCUUUAAUGUGGAACGAUAUUAAACCCCACGACAUUUUAUCGAGAGAAUUUGUAUAACGGUUUUUGUAUUUGAUUCAUAGUCUACGACUCCUGUUAGUUUAUUGCAAGUGAUCAUUUUGACACU